AUGACCAGGUCUAGGAUAAAAGAAAAAGAUUUGUAUCCCUUGGACCCUGAAGUUGCAAGAACAUACAAGAGGCGAUAUAGACUGCAACAACAAAGAAAGAAACAAGGAGAGUCCAGCCACACUGUCUCAUAUUCCAAUAGUGACACUACAAGCUCUCAUUCUGAAUCAGAAAGUAUUGAAGAUAUGGCUGGAAACCAAGAGAGGACUUUGAAGGAGUUGGCCAAUCCUGAUAUUGGUUACCAACCCCUAUGCAUACAACUGCCACAACAACCAGAAGGUGCAGUAAGCUAUGAGUUGAAAUCCGGUUUGAUACAUCUGCUGCCCAAAUUCCAUGGUUUGUCUGGAGAAGACCCUCACAAGCAUCUAAUGGAGUUUAACGUAGUCUGUUCUACUAUGAAGCCAGUUGAUGUGCCUGAAGAGCUAGUGAAGAUGAAGGCCUUCCCAUUUUCAUUGUGUGAUGCAGCUAAAGAUUGGCUUUACUUGCAACCAACACCAAUAACCACAUGGACCGAUAUGAAGAGAAGAUUUUUGGAGAAGUUCUUUCCUGCCUCCAGAACUGCAUCAGUGAGGAAGGAUAUCAGUGGAGUGAGACAGCUGCAAGGAGAGUCCCUAUAUGAGUAUUGGGAGAGGUUUAACAAGUUAUGCUCAUCAUGCCCAAACCACCAGAUCACAGAGCAAUUGUUGAUUCAGUAUUUCUAUGAAGGUUUGCUGCCCAUGGAUAGAAACAUGGUGGAUGCAUCUAGUGGAGGCACUUUGAUGGAUAAAACCCCUUCUGCAGCAAGAAGUCUAAUUUCCAAUAUGGCUGCAAACUCACAGCAGUUUGGUGUAAGAAAUCUUGGAAAAGCUGUACAUGAGGUGCAAACUCACAAUGUGGAUGUAACUGAUCAUUUAAGGUUGGAGAACAAGUUAAAUGAGUUAACUUCUAUGGUGAGGCAGCUAGCAAUAGGCCAACAAACCACUCAGACUCAACAAACUCAGCAGAGAUUAUGUGGGAUUUGUGCUGCUGAUCAUUUCACUGAUGUGUGUCCACAGCUGCAAGAACCAGCCCCUGCUGGAGUUUUCCAAGCACAAUCUAACACUUCUAGAUCUCAACAAAACCAGCAAUACAACCCAUAUUCCAAUACCUACAAUCCUGGUUGGAGAUAUCAUCCAAAUUUGAGGUAUGGACCAGCACAAACACAACCGCUAAGAGGGCCCUUCCCUCCACCCCAGCAACAUCAAUUUUAG